ACCCAGCGCCCAUCGACCGUCCUCUAUUUCUCCGACAAAGCAAUGGCUGCUGGUGCCUUGUAUACUUACCCCGACAACUUUCGGGCCUACAAAAUCCUCAUCGCUGCUGAGUACAGCGGUGCGAAAAUUACUCUUCCACCCUUUAAGUUUGGUGAGACAAACCAAUCGGCGGAGUUUUUGAAAAAAUUCCCACUUGGAAAGGUUCCAGCAUUUGAGACCCAAGAUGGAAAGUGCAUUUAUGAAAGCAAUGCCAUUGCUUACUAUGUGUCCAAUGAUCAACUGCGAGGGAAGACACCUGUGGAAGGAGCAUUGAUCCAACAGUAUGUGAACUUUGCUGACCAAGAAAUCUUGCCUGCUGUAGCCACCUGGGUCUUUCCAACCCUUGGUUUGAUGCAGUUUAACAAACAGGCCACUGAUAAAGCCAUGGAAGAUGUGAAGAAGGCUUUGACAGUACUAAACAGUGCUCUCUUAACCAAGACAUUCCUUGUGGGUGAGCGUGUGACACUUGCUGACAUUGCAGUUGGUUGCAAUCUUCUUAUGCUGUAUAAACAGGUGAUGGAGCCAAGUUUCAGAGCCCAAUUUGGUAAUGUGAACCGAUGGUUUCUCACAAUUGUGAAUCAGCCUCAGUUCAAGAAAAUCCUUGGUGAAGUGAAACUUUGUGAAACCAUGGCGAAGUUUGAUGGGAAGAAAUAUGCUGAACUCCAUCCCAAACAAGAUGAGAAGAAAGAGAAGAAACCCAAAGCAACCAAAGAGGAGAAACCAAAACAAGAAAAGCCCAAGAAAGAAAAGAAGGAAAAACCAAAAAAAGAAGAGGAUGAUGAGGAGGAUGACUUACCAAAACAACCAAAAGCUAAAGAUCCAUAUGCCGGCCUACCAAAGAGCUCAUUUGAUAUGGAUGCUUUUAAACGUGUUUACUCCAAUAAAGACACUGCGACUGAGGCCAUCCCAUACUUCUGGGAACAUUUUAACAAGGAGGACUUUUCCAUUUGGCUGGCAGAGUACAUGUAUGAUGAUGAACUGUCAAGGGUCUUUAUGUCCUGUAACUUGGUCAGUGGAAUGUUUCAGCGCCUGGAUAAACUUCGCAAGACAGCAUUUGCCAGUGUCGGUAUAUUUGGAGUAGAUGGCGAUGUCUCUAUCUCAGGCGUUUGGAUCUUCCGCACACAAACUGUUGCUUUUGAGCUGAAUGAAGACUGGGCCAUUGACUCUCCAUCGUACAAGUUCACUAAAUUGGAUGUAGAUAAUCCAGAACAUAAGAAGCUCAUUGAGGAGUACUUUUUGUGGGAAGGAGACUUUGGUGGAAAGAAACAAAAAUUCAACCAAGGAAAGAUCUUUAAAUAGACUGUUACAUAUGUAGCAACAAUUUAAAUGAAUAAAUAAGUGGUAUGAUACCAGAGCA